GACUUUACCAUAAACCUUUUGCAAUGUGGGGACAUACAGAGUCUUGGAUCAGCUGUGAAGGCUGGAUUACCUAGUGUUGUGACUGACUGUCUAUGUGGCAUAUUAUUCUACCAGGAUGAAAGUACUGGAGAAAUCUUUACAGCUGACAAUUCAAAUGUAUGCAUCUGUGCACCUAAACCAGUCUGUAUCAGCAAUAUAUUUACAAGUAGUCAACCAGAUUAUACAGAUAUCAGCAAUCUUCCUCAAUGUGUUUUUCAACAUCUUCCUCUUCUGUCUUCCAGUAUCAUCAAUUCCAAAGUUGGCUUUUUACCAGUAUGCAAAGUGGGCAGUGAUAAUGUACUAGCAGUUUUAGUGUAUGUUUGCAAGGAAAUCAAUGAAACAGUUAAAACCAGGCUACAUCAAGUCAUACAACAGGCUGUACAAAUAGAUAUGGUUGAAAUUAAAGUUGAAAGGUAUUUUAAAGUAAGAUUUUCUUCAAGUACUGAGAAACAAAAGGACCACAGUAAAGCCUUAGCUGCAGGGACUCAGUUGUCAGAAGUCAUUCUACCUAAUUUUUCAACAACAAGGAAGGAUAUUAGGAUUAGUGAGCCCCUAAUAAGUGAGGGUCAGGUUGAAAGGCAGGCCCUUAACUGGCAUUAUUACAUCAUAUCCCUUAUCAGGGUUACCUCACCUCACCUUCAAAUAUUGUUAAGAGUAUCAAAAGAGAAAAAGAGACUCUAA